AUAGUUCUAGCUAUCUACGGUAGACGAACGUUGUAGAUGCGACCGCAGCGCAAUAGACAUUCAACUCUUGUGGAAUACCGAGGCCUCGACUCAUCAUCCAUUAUUAAAUGUCAUUAGCUUUUUACGGGUUAAUUUCGCACCGACAGACAAGGCUUCAUCAGCGGGGAUAAGUACUUCAACCCGGGCAUUGCAGGAACCCCGCUGGUACCCUUCCCAGGAGCCAUAGCGUCAGAUUUCACUUGAACUUGCAACUUACUUGACAGUUUUAAUUGUGAGUAGCAGGAGACAGAGGGUGCUUUAAAUUUUGAUGAUUUGAUUUCAGACAUGCUGGCCUUAGCUUGAUGACGUUCCCGGAAUUGGAUGACUUUGGCUUGAACUAUUGUCAAAAUAUUAUACCUAAACCUUAAUCAAGCCUUCUUCAGGCUAUGAGCUUACGUCUACAUAUACUAAUGAUUCAUCAUGGAGGAGACUAAUUAGGCCCUAUAGUAACUUUGACGAUCAUUCGCAGGCUGAGUGCAUUUGGACGUGAUAAAUACCUCUCCCUAGCAAGAGUUGGUUUACUUUGCAAUAAGUUCAGAUCAGUUCAACUCGAUAUUUUUGCAAGACCGAGGUACACGGGUAUCGACCAUGGGUGUUGUCAGCGUAGUAAAGCGGUUCAUCCGCGCCGUGGUGCCCCACAUCAUUGUCCUCUCCAUCUUAUUCGGCUACUUGAUCUUCGGAGGUGUUGUCUUUAGCUACUUGGAGGCAGGACACAGCGACAUGGAGAUGUACAACGAGGAGCUAGACCAGCUCAGAGACAGACUGAAAAACACUAAAAUGGAGCAAGCACAAUCGAUCCCUGGUGCCAACGAGUCCACGCGGUCCCCACUAACUGCGGGAAUGUUGGGAGCGGCUAUGCCGGUUAUCGGCACGCCAGCCCCGGGAGAGGCGCUGGACGAAGUGGUGGACGAGAUGAUUGAUCGCAGUCUCAGGCCGGAGUGGAAACUCGGGAGGAUGCAAGCGGUGCAGAGCAAACGGGCCUGGACCUUUUCGAGCUCCAUGCUGUUUUGCAUGACAACAAUCACCACCAUAGGUUACGGCGAUGUGGUUCCGGUGACCACUGAAGGGAAAGUAUUCUGCGUGAUCUACUCGGUGUUCGGCAUCCCACUGACCAUGCUGUACAUGGGAGGGGUCGGUAGCUUCCUCGCCCAGCUCAUCCUGACGCUCUGCAAGAUCCUACACCUCGGACAGCCCAUCAGGAAAGCCGUGUGUCCUUGCGGGUCACGGGGCACGAAGGACCAGUACGACACCGAUGAAGACCAGCCGUCCAAGCGCAAGAUGGGGCAGUCGAAGAGGAAGAGCGAGAAGGGUGACAUGAGCGAGAAGGGUGACAUGGACGGGUCGGCGGGGGAGAUGUCGGUGGUGACGACCCAGCAUGGAGUAGAGGCUGGUCAGGGGGGUUCAGCAGGCACUGAGGAUGAGAUGGAAGCCCCUGUGAUCCUAGUGGUAGCCAUCAUCACAGGCUACAUGUGCGCGGGGGCCUUCCUGAUGCAUGGUAUCGAGGAGUGGUCUUACGGAGAGGCUCUCUACUUCACGUUCAUCACCCUGACCACCAUAGGGUUCGGAGAUUAUGUACCCAUGAUGCUGUACAAGGAAGAUGCGUUCUUCGUUUGCAUCGUCUACGCGUUGUUCGGACUGGCUGUCAUGUCUAUGUGCAUCGCGCUGGUGCAGGCCAAGGUCCGAAGGCUUGGUAACAGGUUCUGGGAUUGCAUUGGGUGUUGAGGCGCAGGUACAUGCACCAACAAGCUUUCAAAAGUUCCCUGAAAACGUAUAUGCACCGAAUACCAUAAAAUAUGAAUAUUUGAUUGCUGUGUUGAUAACACCCAGCAGGUGUUUAAACCACUUGUACAGUACUAGGGAUGAGUUUGAGGAACAAAGAAACUGUAUUAUUGUUGCGACAUGAGGGGGCCCAAAUUAUUGGGCACCAAAUGGCGCAUCGCGUGCUUGAGUAUACAUUUACACACAGAGAUUGGACACAAAAUGGCCAGGGCAUCCCGCUAGUUUACUUACAAAUUUGUGUGGCCGAAAGCCGUAUAUUAUAACUGCAAAAAGAAUGCACUAUGUGCAGGUAUGUUAUGUGAUCUUAAACAUUUGAUAAACUAACACGGCGCUAAAGCUUCUCCCGCUCAAAUGUCAUUUACUAUUUAUCUCAGAGUGUUCAGCUGUACUUUAAUUAUAAAAUCAAAGCCAGUAAGAUCUGUUCUUAAAAAUAAUAAAACUAGUGUGCUCUUUCUAUUGUGUAAGUCUAGUUAGUAAUUUUAUACUCAACCGCUAGUGAAUAACGGUAGCAUGAAACAGCGCCCUCUUGCUAUACCUGUUAGCGAAUGGUAGACUUUUGAGACGUUGGCGGCAGCAAACACACCGGUCCUUUUCAAUAAUUGUUUAGGUCUUGUUUAAGCUAAUGCGCGCAUGUUCAUAAUGACGCAAACAAUCGAAAAGGACCGGUGCUGUCACCAAGCGUCUCAAAAGUCUCCCAUUGCACUUGUUUUUUUUUUUCGAAACCUUUGCUUCGGCUUUGCCUCCGACAUCUGAAUCACUGAGAGGCAAACUUAAUAAAAAUAUUCCAACUUCUGGCUUCAUAUCAACCGACUGAAUGUUCCUGAAGCUUGACAGGCACCAAAAUGUAGUUGGAGUUCCAGAAGUUGGGGGCCUAAAAUCGCCUUUAGCCGGAGACCAAGCCAAAACCAGUGUUUCGAAAACGAGUUUGAACAUGUAUGAAUCCUGUGACGUGAACAUAAUAUACGGUUGCUCAUCUCUCGAAUUAAAGCUAUAGUCCAUCAUUUGCAUGAACGUACGUCACCGGGCCUUGUUUGACUUCUGAUCAUGUGGUGCCUGCGAUGUGUGCGAUACUUAUGCCGUACUUGUAUAAAGCUUGUAUGUGAUUAUGAUAUAUGGGACAAUAGUAGGACUACACCGCAUAUUCAAAAGCGUAUCCACAAAGACGCAUAUAAAGUCACGAAGAGGUUAUAUCAAAUGAAUGAGUUUGAAUUGUGAUUACUGCCAGUAACAAAGACAGCGUUACCUGAAAUACUGCAAAGUGUCGGUACUUUGUAUUUAGACCAUGAAGUGAUUAAAUAAUUGAAAUGUGACUAACUCACAUUUCAAAAUGUUUUGCUGGGCAAAUAACUUUUUGUACAAACACGAAAGAUGGUCAGUUCCUUCGCUGACCCACUGUACAAAACGGACCUUAACUGAAGUGGUUUUAUUUCAAUUCCAGUUCAUUAGUUGUGUAGAAUUCACACUUCUAAAUACUUUUUUAAUAAAAUGCAUAUUGAACUCUUAAAAAUAUUAAAUGGCUUUUUAUGCAACAUUGUGCAAUUCAGUGUAAAUGAAUGGUGUGCGUUAA